CCUUGUCGUAUGAGAAAUUAUUGAUGGCAGAAUCAUGUUGGUGUGAUCUCCAUGUGUGUUUUGUGCAGUUGAUACUUUUUCUUGAACAGAAAACACCUGUGAGUUCUAAAAUGGGGAAGGCCGAAAAGAAAUAUAAUUGGAAGGCUCGCCAAGUCAAAAAUACAGUCAUUGACAAUGCAGAAACGUCAAAGAUCAAGCUUGACAUUGACACUCAAGGAAAAGAGACAUACGAUGCAGCAAACCCUUUAGUAAUACCCUCCCAGAAGCGCAAGACACAGUUGGUAAAAAAUGCGGGCACAAUUACGAAAGUCCUCUCCAGGAAGCAGAGGAAACGCUUGGAAAAGAUUGUUGACAAAAAGAAGAAGAAAGAAAACAGGUCACAGUUACUGCAAGCUUUAUCGGAAGUUCAAGCAAAUCCUGAGACAAUGAAAGAACUUACCUCAAUUGCAGCUGUUCAAACCAAAGGGCGUAGAAAGAUAUUUCUUGAACAAGAGGCCUCAACUGAUCCUCGUGACAAUUUAAAACGGUCAGCUGAUGAAAUUCAAGGAGAUUCAAGGAGUUCUCUUAACAGUAUAUCAGGUAGCAAAAGAAGAAAAGCUCUUCUGAAAGCUGGUCUUUGGAGACCAGAAGAGGAAAAAAAGGCCUCCAAUAAUUUGAACGUCAUUGGCUUUGAGGAAUCCUCCAGUGAUGAAUCUAGUGAGGCUGAAGAAGAAGAGAUGAAGGAAGACCCAGAAGAUGAUGAUGAAAAUGGGCAGGUUGAAGAUGAUGAGGGUGCAGAAGAAAUUCCUGAUGAUAUUAUGACAGAAGCUAAAGAUAGUGAAGAUUCGGAAAAAAAUCAAGAAGCACCUGAUCUUAAUGGAACCUCAAAAAUUGAAGAUUGCAAGAUAAAGACAGAAACAGACAAAGAAUGUCCAAAUGAAGAAGAUGAGUCCAACAAAAAGAGCUUAGCCCCUAAAAUGAAAUCAAUACCUUCAAAACCAGCAAUAUUUGUACCGGUAAACAGGAGCCCUGCAAUUCAGGAGGCAAGAAUGAAGUUACCCGUUCUGGCAGAGGAGCAGGCAAUUAUGGAGGCAAUCUCUGAAAAUCCCGUGGUCCUCAUUGCAGGAGAAACAGGCAGUGGAAAAACUACUCAGGUCCCCCAAUUCUUGUAUGAAGCUGGAUAUGCCAGGGAUGGCAAGCUAAUUGGUGUCACAGAACCUAGACGUGUGGCAGCCAUAUCAAUGGCCAGGAGAGUAGGCGAAGAACUUGAUUUAACUUCUAAGGAGGUUUCAUACCUUAUCAGGUUUGAAGGAAACGUUACCGAUGAUACCAAGAUCAAAUUUAUGACUGAUGGUGUUCUGUUAAAAGAAAUUCAAAAUGAUUUCCUUUUAACCAAGUACUCGGUUAUCAUACUUGACGAAGCUCAUGAAAGGAGUGUUUACACUGAUAUUCUAAUAGGUCUUCUCUCACGCAUAGUUCCAUUGCGUCUCAAAAGGGGUAACCCUCUCAAGCUUAUAAUAAUGUCGGCCACUUUGCGCCUGGAAGACUUUAUUGAGAACCCACGCCUCUUCAGAAUAACUCCUCCUGUCAUAAAGGUUGAAACUCGCCAGUUUCCUGUAACUAUUCAUUUUAAUAAACGUACCAAUCCUGAUUACUGCCUUGAAGCAUUCAGGAAGGUAUGCAAAAUUCAUGCACAGCUUCCUGAUGGUGGCAUCCUAGUGUUUCUUACUGGCCAACGGGAAGUAAAUACAUUGGUUCGGAAAUUGAAAACCGCAUUCCCCCUUAAAGGUAGAAAUUUAAAAAAGGUUUUAAAAGAAAAAUCUGAAAGGGCAGUACCCAAAGGAAAUAAUACUGAAGAAGACAAUGAGGAGGAAGUAGAACUUGAUAUGGAAAGAGCUAUUCAGAAAGCAAGGAAACACAUGAAACAGAAACAUCAAAUGGCUCUUCCAUCAGUCAACUUAGAUGAAUAUGAUGUGAUACCUGAUGACACAGAGUCUGAUCUAUUUGGUGAUGACUUUGAUGAAAAUUCUGAUGAUGAGGGGCUAGAUGAUGCAGAAGUGCUACAAAAAACCACUACUCAACCUAUGUGGGUGCUCCCUCUUUACUCCAUUUUGCCUACUCAUGAACAAGCUAGGGUUUUCCAACCACCACCAGAAGGUUGCCGGCUGUGUGUUGUUGCCACCAAUGUAGCUGAAACCUCUCUGACUAUACCCAAUGUUAAGUAUGUUGUUGAUAGUGGCAAGUGGAAGUCACGAAUGUAUGACAAAGUCACAGGAAUUUCAUCAUUUGAUGUAGAUUGGUGUAGCAAGGCAUCAGCCAACCAGAGGGCAGGUCGUGCUGGUAGAACUGGACCAGGCCACUGUUACAGAUUGUAUUCAUCAGCUGUUUUUAAUGAUACAUUUCCUUUAUACACAACUCCUGAAAUUCAAAGAAAACCAGUUGAUGAUUUAGUUCUGCAGAUGAAAGCCAUGAGCAUCCAUAAAGUUGUGAAUUUCCCUUUCCCCACUCCUCCUGAUCUUAUACAGCUUAAAAUUGCUGAGCGUAGACUAAGACUGUUAGGUGCAUUGUCUGCUCUGAAACCAGGAACUGAAGAUGACUUUUCCGGAAAGCUCACACCUUUGGGGCAGUCUAUUUCACUUUUUCCGGUUUCCCCAAGGUUUGGUAAAAUGUUAGCUCUUAGCCAACAACAUGACCUAUUGGCACUUACAGUAUGCCUUGUGGCUGCCUUGUCGGUGCAAGAAGUGUUAUUAGAGGUGUCACUUACAUCCGGUGCCAAUGAGAAAGAAGGCAGUACUCAGCAGAAAUGGCGUCAAAUGCGAAGGAAGUGGUCUGGAUUUGGCAACUCAAAAUUGUUAGGUGAUCCAAUGAUUCUACUGCGUGCAGUUGGGGCUGCUGAGUAUGCAGCAGAGCAAGGGGAUUUGAUGGGUUUCUGCACAAAUAAUGGUUUGCGGCACAAGGCUAUUGUAGAAAUCAGAAAAUUGAGAGUUCAAUUAACCAAUGAAGUUAAUCUUAAUGUACCCAAUCUGAACCUUGGGGUUGAUCCUAAUAUGCCGCCCCCAUCAGAUAUACAGUCAAAAUUACUGCGGCAGAUGAUGUUGAGCGGGCUUGUGGACCAAGUAGCUAGAAGGGUUGAUCUAGAUGAAUUAAAGGAGGGUGAAGAUAAACGUAAGUGGAAACAUGCAUACCAAAUCCCAGAGAUGGAAAGUCCUGUUUUCCUGCAUUCUGCAUCAGUCCUUCGGAAAGAUCUGCCACAAUGGGUUGUUUACCAAGAGAUCUAUGAAACUAACAAGACAUACAUGAGAGGUGUAACAGCCAUUGAACCAGAGUGGCUACCUGUAUUUGCUCCUGCCUUGUGUAAUGUUUCGGAGCCAAUGAUGGAACCUCCUCCAAGAUAUGAAUCAGAAACUGAUAGACUUCUUUGCCAUAUGUCAUCUACAUUUGGAAGAUCGGGGUGGCCACUUCCUAUCAUGGAAUUAGAAUUCCCACCAUCUCUUAAUAGGUACAAAUGGUUUGCAAGAUUCCUACUAGAAGGUUCAGUUUUCCCAAAACUGGCUACAUUCUCCAAAAUUCUUUUAUCUACACCAGCUACUAUGGUGAAAACUUGGGCAAAUUUACAACCUCGUACUGAAUUUCUCUUGAAAGCCCUUGUUUCUAAGGAGUGUGACUCUGCUGAAAAAGUUCGUGGUGUGUGGAAGAAGGAGCCUCAUUAUCUUUUAGACGCGUACAAGCAGUGGCUCCCAGAAUCUGCUCAACACAAAGCUGUGGAAGUUUGGCCACCAUUGUAAAUGCGGCUGACGUUGACUUAUCCUUGACAAUGAAUUUGUAAAAGCAAUGUGUCCAUUAUCUGUGAUCAUUAGCAAUAGCCAUUAAACUAUGAAAUCAACUGUCUA